CAUAUUUUCGUGCGAGAAUCACAAGCAACCCCAUAACAUGGCAACCCAAUCAUUUCUUGCUACCUCCUAACAACUUUCACGGCUUUUGUUUAAUGGUGCAGAUGCAUAUGCAGCAACUGGAAAGCCAUCGAGUUCUUUCAGCACCCAUCACUCGCAUAGGUUGCGGUCUUAACAACAUCAGCGGGAGCGACGUGCACCUCCCCGUUCGCUUUUGCACUCAGCUACCGAGGAGAUCCGUAGACUGGAAAGCGCUCUUCAUAAAUGUUCACCAGCAGGAGCAGAUAAAUGCGAACCAGAAAGCUGCCCAAGGUAUUACGGGUCCACGGAUGCCGCGCAUACCUGAGCACAGGAACCACCGCAAGGCUACCAUGAGCGUCGCAUACGAGCCGUACAUACGAAGCGGACGGACGAUGGGCUAUCAGGAGUCAGAAGAUGCUCAAAUCCGCCUCGAGCUCUACCGCCGACGACAUCCAUCUCCGUAUGCCGCUGACAAACUCCACGAACGCCGCGCCAAACGUCCUCGGUCCCUAGCCAGCUUGAAGCUGCGGAUGAAAGCGGCUCCGUUACCCUGAACGUGCAGAGGAAGGUCUCAAUUGGCUCGAAAGAUAUAUCGGAGCCGUACGGUUGCAACAGUUCUUUAAUGCACACGAUAUGCACAAAGCUGUCGACGC